AUGGAUAGCUCAGAUGACGACUUUCCUACAACACCCACACAUAGAGGAGUGUCGCACAAUAGUGAACCUUUAAGAAAUCCGCUAUUUCAAGGAUCACCCUCCAAAAAAUCACGAAGAAGAAAGAUCAUAUAUAGUGAUCGAUACAUCCCAGCAAGAUCAGGGAUUAACCUUCAGGCGGCAUUUACCUUAGGUCAUGAUCCAACUUCAAGCCCAUUUAGGAGUUCGACUCGAGUUGGUGUACUAGAUAUGCCUGAUACCGUUGAUGAAUCAACUGUUGAUGCUUCUACCUCAGAAUUUGAACCCGGGGACAACGAUAAUAACUCCAUGAAAGCAAGAGAAGCAAAUAGGGCAUUCGAUGCUGUUCUUAAAACUGAAUUGUUUGGAUCAAACACUACUGGAACUGGAUCUACACAGCCAACACCACCUGCAUCAACACAUGAUUCGGUUUCUUUGCAUACAUCUCCCGAAAGAGCUCACACAAAUAGCAAUAAUUCACCAGGUCAGCGAACGGUAAAUUCAUUUGUCCCGCAUACACCCAGACAAAAUAGAAACAUAUUUACGUAUCAGUCAGCUUCGCCAUCACAUAGAUCAGCUUCUUCACUUGCUGUGGAUAAUGAAAUGUAUUCAUUGAGUCCAGUGGGGCACGACAGUGAGAGAAUUCUUCUGUCCCCACAACACAGACCACGAGCAAUCUCGAAAGUGCCGUAUCGUGUUUUGGAUGCACCGGAAUUGGCCGAUGAUUUUUAUCUCAAUCUGGUUGACUGGGGUUCACAGGAUAUUCUUGGAGUCGGACUUGGAUCGUGUGUUUAUUUAUGGGACGCCUCGACUGGCUCUGUAAACAGACUUUGCGAUUUGGGUCCAUCCGAUUCGGUUACAAGUGUUUCAUGGAUAGGAGCAGGCACACAUUUGGCUGUGGGUACAAACUCGGGUCUUGUAGAAAUAUGGGAUGCAUCUGCGUGUAAAUGCACAAGGACGAUGACUGGACACACUGCUCGAUGCUCUUCUUUAUCUUGGAAUAGGCAUAUCUUAACUUCUGGUUCUCGGGAUAGAAAUAUUCUACACAGGGAUGUCCGCGAGCCCGCACAUUACAUGAAAAGACUCGAAUAUCACAAGCAGGAAGUGUGUGGACUCAAAUGGAACGUGGAUGAGGAUAAACUUGCUUCAGGUGGAAACGAUAAUAAACUUUUUGUUUGGGACGGGCUGGAAAGUCGUCCAUUGUAUCAAUUUACGGAGCAUAAAGCUGCUGUUAAGGCGAUUGCAUGGUCUCCACAUCAACGGGGGCUUUUGGCAUCUGGAGGAGGAACAGCAGACCGAAAAAUAAAAAUUUGGAAUACCAUAACAGGGUUGAAAAUACAUGAUGUUGAUACAGGAUCACAGGUUUGUAAUUUGGCCUGGUCUAAGACCAGUAAUGAACUUGUUUCAACGCAUGGCUAUUCCAGAAACCAGAUAGUGAUUUGGAAGUAUAGUACCAUGCAGCAGAUGGCAUCUUUGACCGGGCAUACUUAUAGAGUGCUUUAUUUGGCAAUGUCCCCAGAUGGUCAGACUAUCGUGACUGGAGCUGGAGAUGAAACCUUAAGAUUUUGGAAUGUCUUCGAAAAGGCAAAGAGUAAUAAUGGGCCAUCUUCCGUAUUACUGGAUGCUUUUAACCAAUUACGUUGA